UGUAUAGAUUCAAAAAUGGCGCGGCGCAUGCGCAGCCUCGGCUACGCCGCCUGCAUAUCGGCGACUGUAGUAACCAAUCGUGUAKCCGUCAUCGUCAUCACCCCAAGUGGUAAAUUCGUUAAACUCUUCAACCUCCUCGAACCCGCUUCUUCCCUGAAAUCCUUGGUAAACGUCGUCUUGGUCGCGUUUUGGUCCAUGGAAAACUCAAACUCGGAAGGCGUCGUCCUACCGGACAUUUCCGAAGCCGAACAGCUCACGAGYGAGCACGAUGGCGGCGAGAAUGGCGACUCYGUUGUGGACACAAAACAUCCUCGCGUCUCGGCCGUCUCGGUGCGCCAUGCGGGGGUGCCGGUGUCUCUGCCGGUGGGCUCGCUCAUCACCAGCACCUUCAAUGUUAUCACCCAGGACCAACUGCCCCAUUUCAAGCCCAUGCUGUGUGUCGACAACAACGGCUACAUCGCCACAGACGGCUCGGGGGCCGAGCUCAAGACCAUCGUCAUUCAGGGCGACGUCUCGGAGGCGGGGACUGUCUCCACGCCGGUGACGGUAUCGGGGCCCAAUCUGGGCUCAUGGAACGAGGCGGCGAGUCUACCGGUACUUCCGGUGAGAUGCAAGAACACCUCGGCGGAGCUGCACAAAAACAGAUUCGGGUCGGGGGGCAGAGGCCGGUGUAUCAAGUUAGGCUCGGCUUGGUAUACGCCGAGCGAGUUUGAAGCGCUGUGCGGCAGGGCCUCGAGCAAGGACUGGAAGAGAAGCAUCAGGUUCGGGGGCAGGAGUCUACAAACGUUGAUUGAUGAAGGUAUCAUCCUUCCUCAUGCGACAAGUUGCACUUGCGCCGCCUGCUGCGAUGAUGAGUCGGCUACAGGUCCCGUCCGACUGUUUACCCCCUACAAGAGGAAACGUCGAAAGGACCACGACUCGAACAAACGCAGCUGCGGCGAAGACAGCGACGGAAAUCAGCAAACAAAAGAGGAAGCCUGGCAGAACCUAGCCGAAGGCCUCGACUCCACCGACUACCAGUUGAUGGAGCCAGUGGUCAACACUGACCCGACAGCCUCCUUGAAAAGACUCGAAGACAUUGCGACACAAAUAACGCGACUGGCGAGCGAUUUCCGCAAAGGCGUUGAAGAGUUACGCGACGCGAUUAGUAGACAAUCGGAGAAGUUUCAAAGAGAGAAAGAUGCAGCAGUGCUGGCGGCGCGAGUCGAGGCCCAAGUGGCUGCUUUGCAGCCAGAUGGCAGCUCUGACACCACCUUACAACCUGCCUUGGACGACAACCAAAAGAAGUGUGCGAAUUGCAACAGAGAGGCUCUCGCCGAAUGCUCCCUCUGUCGGCGGACGCCUUACUGUUCCACUUUCUGUCAACGCAAGGAUUGGGUUUCGCAUCAAGUUGAGUGUGUUCGAGGUGUAACAACGGAUGCUAAUUCGCAACAGUCGAUUAUGUUGAUUGUUGAAAGUGGGGAACAACAAUAAAUAAUCAAUAAAUAAUAUGACUGUGCGUGCUCAUUUGAAGAAGCCACAAACUUUAAGUGUUUCUUUACAUAUUUAUAACUUACCCACUCAUAUCUGCCUAAAUUUGUGGGUUCUCGCGGGAUUUUUAUCAACUUUUAUUCAUCAUGUGUAUAUAUUGUAUAUAUUUAUUUUAUUUUGUAAAUUUUGGACGGAUUAUCKCUUUAAGACUAAAAUUGUGCUACUUUAUUUAAUAAAGCAUUUUUAACGGU